AUGGAGAGUCAGGCUAAGGAAUCACUGCCGUUCAACCCGCGGCGGCAGCGCAUGCGCACAAUCUUUCUCGGCCUCGCCUACGGCCUGGGGGUCUUGGUCACCAUCAUCCAGGUCCUCACCCUCGCCGCUGGCAAAUGGGUCGUCCACGACGGCGAUGGCUCCGAACGUCUUGCCCUCUCCAGCCUGGCUGUCGUCCGGUUUGACGGCAUCAUGCCCUCCCCCGAGUCCGACGCCUACCUCGUAACGAUGAGCUACUUCGCCGCCUCCUUCGGUUACGAGUACCCCGGCGCCUCGAAGGCGGGGGUUCUCGGCUCCGCGCCCCGUCUUCCCUCCGACCUCGCCGCCAUCGGCCAGGACCUUUCGGUGCCCGCCGACGACUGGGGCUGCCUCCGGGGCCAGGGAUCCUGCGCCUCGCCCUACUUCCAGGACUUCCGCUACAGCUUCUUCAUAAUGCCCGCGACGCUGUCCCACAUCUCCCUCGCCUACGCCCUCGUUGUCCUCGCCUUCGUCCUGGUAGCCGAGGUCCUCGUCGCCGUGCGCCCCAGCUGGCUGCGCUGCCAGUGCUACUUCUCCUUCUUCAAGCGCGUGUGCCCGUGCCCGCGCGGCUCGCGCGCCAAGAUCGAGGCCCUCCCCGCCGUCUUCUGGGACAGGUACCGCCUGUGGACGUGGUGCUUGCUGCCGUGCGCCGCCUUCCUGCCGCCCUUUGUGCUGACGCUCAACGGGCUGCUCAUCAAGAGCUUUCUGGCCCGACACGGCGCGGGGGAUAUGGACGUGCGAUUCGGGACGGGGUUCGCGGUGCUACAGGGGAUAUGUUUCGGCGCGUCGUUCGCAGCGGCGCUUUGCGUCUAUGUGAGGAAACGUGUCGGUCAGGGGACGAGUUGGAUGGAGCAGCAGGGGGUGACGAUGAAGUACUAA